AUGAAAGUUCUCGUUUAUUCGAUAUUUCCCUUUUCUAGCUUAAAAAUAUUCAAUAUUCCGGAUAUGGUAGAAAAUGUAGAAAGGCAGGUCAACACGGUAUUGAAGUUCGGGUUUGUGCUAGGCGCAACUCGUUUUUACGGGAUAAUGACAAUAAUGCUUAUGAAAUUGAAUAUAAAAUUAAUGUUAAACUAGGCUUCUCCUAUUCGUACAAAAGGUGG